AUGCAAAAUAAAACAGAGUUAAGCGAACCUUUACAUGAUAAUAAGAAUAGUUCUCUUUACUCAAAUUUUCAAAGAAAUGAUUCUUCAGAAAGUUUAGUCGCACUUCCACUUCCAAGUAAAAAUCAGCACAUUGGAAAAAGAAUUGUAUCACGAUUGUUGAUUGAAGGUGAGAACGUUUUAUCAAAAACUCAAUUCAACGCUCGCCCUAGCAGUAAUGACGAUACGAUAACAAGAUCAAACACGAUUUCUGGACGUUCUGGAUUGGAUAGAGAAUCUAAUAAGUUAAAUGUUACAACAAAUUUACAACGUUCUAGUACUAUUGUUAACUAUGAAAAUAGAAAAGGGGCGUCAGCGAACAUGGGAGAAUUUGAGAGUAAGCUUCUUGGCUCUCCUAAUUCCGGAUCGAUAGAAAAGAUGACAUGCGCGGCAAUGUUUGGAAAACAAUAUCUUCUUAUCGGCAAUGAAAAUGGGCUGAAUGUAAUCGAUUUUUCUAUUAAUUCUGAAUUGAUUAAACCAACACCAUUGAUCCGAGGUUGCUCUUUUAAAAAAAUGCAAAUAUUAGAUGAAUAUGGGAUUAUGAUUACAAUCGCUGGAAAGAAACAGAUGAUUCGAAUUUAUAAAUUAGACUCUUUAUUACAUUUAAUCAA